AUGAAAGGAAAGAAACUUUAUCGCAAUAAGAACCAUAUGAAAGGAAAUAAACUUUAUCACAAAAUGUGCGAGUUGUUGAUACAGACAUUAGUAAUAGAGUUCAAUAAGGAAGCAGAUUCGUUGCAAGGGUAUGGCCUCUACCCAUUUGGUGAAGUAAUCUAUAUCCACUAUAAUGAAGUAGUACCCUUUGGAAGGCGGGUGUAUCUUGCCUAUGAGGUCUACCCCCCAAGUAUGGAAAGGCCAGGGUGUGAUGAUUGGGUGGAGACUGUUGGCAGGUUUAUGGGUUCUUUCGCCAUGGACUUGGCACUUAUGACAUCUGCGUACAUGUCGCUGCGUAUCCUCCAUCAUGGAUUUGUUUCUCAAGUACACCUUCGCACCAUAAAUAUUACGAUUUCGGGGAAAGAUUUGGGGUGUCUCGAAGAAGGACUACUUGUGUCUAACGUAGUGGCUACAGCCGUUGAUGAUGCACAGGAGGCCAUAAUUUCCAGGGUUUUCACGCCAUCGUUCUACUGGAAGUUGCUGCGUUUGUUCAAGGUUGGAACGGAGAAGAAGUUAGCCAAAGCACAGGAGGUCGCUGAUAAUGCGAUUUAUGAUAUCGUUUGGCGUAAGAGAGAAGAAGUGCUUAAAGGAGUAGAAUCAGAAACAAAUAGCUUACUGUCUACCUACGUUCGAUCUCAAGGAGAGAAGGCGGACUGGUCUGAGGUCAGGGUGAAGUUCCUUAGAGACAUGGUUCUCAACUUCUUCAUAGCUGGGCGGGACACUACAGCUUUGGGUCUUCUCUGGUUCUUCUGGUCACUUUACAGAAAUCCUCGUGUGGAGGCGAAAAUCCUGGAAGAGUUGAGGCAUGUAGUCUCUCAUCAGAAGGAGAGAAAAGGUGAAGUAAUUGAUGAUGGUGAUGCUGUAAGCGUAAGCAAGAAGAGAUGCAUGUUCGAUCCAGAUGAUCUCAAGAAUUUGUUGUAUCUGCAUGCAGCAUUCUGUGAAACACUACGGUUGUUUCCUCCCGUCCCUUUGAACAGAAAAGGAGUCAUCAAGAAAGAUGUCCUCCCUGAUGGCAGUGUUGUCAAACCAGGGAUGCAGGUACUGCUCGGAGUUUACUCUCUGGCAAGGAUUCCGUCUGUGUGGGGGGAAGAUUGUUCGGAAUUCAAGCCGGAGAGGUGGAUUAAAGAGGAUGGUUCACUGGAUAACGACAUGAUUUCCAAAUUGUUAUUUGCAUUCGGUGGUGGCCCAAGAAUUUGCAUUGGUAGGGACAUGGCUUUCACCAAUAUGAAGUGGACUGCUGUUGCUAUCCUCUCCAAUUUCCAUAUUCAAGUGGCAGAUAAAGAUCACCCAGUCUCCUUGAAAUCAACGGUUGUUCUUCAAAUUAAUGGUGGAUUGAUGGUCCAUGUAAAACAAAGGAGUUUGUUUUAA